UGGCUGGAAUCCGAAUCCCUCAACUUUUCAAAUGAGUGGAUCUCCUCUUUCUUCUUCUACCUUCUAUCGCUCUUCGUAUCUACCCAUCCUUCCUUCAUCUACAGCUCAGUCAGUUCUCGAUUCAAAUGGGCUCUCCAAUGUCAUCAUAUUUUCUCAUCCUUCUGAAUCCUCCGCUUUCAAUCAUCCAACGCCACAAGCCGCCCAACGCUCUUCCUCUUCUCGCGCUCUACUCCAAGUCCUCCUUGCUCCACAAGACUCACGUCUGCCAUGCUCGCUCCUCAAUCUCGUCCUCUUCUGGUUCCGAUCGCGAGGAGCUUCUCUGGCUCCGCGAGGAGCAGCGGUGGCUGCGCGAGGAGCAGCGGUGGCUCCGGGAAGAGCAGAGGUGGCUUCGCGAGCGGGAGUCGCUGUUGAGCGAAAUUCAGUCGCUGAAGCUCCAAAUCCAGGUUUUAGAGAAGAGGAUUACGGUUGCCGGAGAUGAUGCGGUGCCGGCGAAUGUCGGUGCGUUGCUGCAGGUUUUGAAGGAGCGGAGUUUGAUUCUGGAGAGCGCGUCGAGUGCGACCCCGAUUGAACUGGUGGAGACGGUGGAAGAGGAGGCGGAGGCGGCUCGUGUUAUGGAGGUGAAAAACGAGGAGACGGCGGCGGUAGGGAGCGCUCGUGUUGUGGAGGUGGAGAAUGAGGAGACGAAGCUUAGGAGGAAGAAGAAAGCAUUGAGAGCAGGAAGCGAAGGAGAGGAGGUUCGAGAGAUGCAGGAAGCAUUGCAAAAACUGGGGUUUUACUCAGGGGAGGAGGAUAUGGAGUUCUCCAGUUUCUCAUCUGGGACUGAGCUUGCUGUCAAGACAUGGCAAGCAACAUUAGGUGCUCCAGAAGAUGGAAAUAUGAGCGCAGAACUGCUCGAGAGGCUGUAUUUGGAGACAAGGACUGACCUUCCGUUGAAGGGUGAUAUCAAUGGUGCUGCUGUUGCUCCCAUGACUGAACUGUCCAAAAUCCACCAGAAAGUUGUGAAGGAAGAGGGUGCGACUUCAGUCGAGGCAUCUCAUCACCGAGUGUUUCUCCUUGGUGAGAAUAGGUGGGAGGAACCAUCGCGGCUUGUUAGCAGAUAUAAAGAAGACACUGCAAAUUGGGGUACAAGGACCACACAGUGCCGCGCCUGUCGAGGCACAGGCCGUGUGAUGUGCACAGAAUGUGAUGGAACAGGGGAACCGAAUAUUGAACCGCAGUUUCUGGAAUGGAUAGGCGAAGACACCAAGUGUGCAUAUUGCGACGGCGGGUUUAUAACUUGUGAUGUAUGUGACGGCAAAGCAGUUUCCUAGGUACGUUAUUCUGCACUGGUAUCAGUUUUCGGACAGAGAGAGUAGCCGGAAGAGAGGAUAUACAGAAGCCAAAUCGUUCACAUGUAAUAAGUAAUUCUUGCAAGUCUUAUGAAUGGACAAUUAUGCAUCCAUUUUAUUGCAAGUUCGAACUUCGAACAAUACGAAACAGUUCUUCUCAUUUAUUCCAAAUAACGUAGAACAAACAACCAUCGCAACACUGACUAAAUAGUUCAGACUUUUCUACCAGUCCUAGUUACAGCGUGCUACCAAGAAGCGUAGAAGUGUACAGUACAUCUAGAGAUUUCUCCCUAAUCCGACCACCUGAGAGGGUCUGGCAGAAGCAAGCAUAUCGUUUCAUCAGCAUCGAAUGCAACUCUCCAAAUGAAUGAUUCGCUCCCUCCGCUCAAAUCUUUUACAUGGUAUAACUAUUUACAGAUUCGUCUUCGGUUUCUUAGCACCUUCAACACGCCUACUAACUGAUCGCAUUGUGACGAAUUCUUCGGCAGCCGAAGGGUGUAUUCCAAC